AUGGCUCAGCACCCACUACAAGCGAUCGGUCAAGCCGUCGGCGCUGUGGGCGGCGAUCCACGCCCAGUUCAGCUCUCGUCCACGUUCCAAGGAGCCAACGAUGGCCCGGCAAAAACGGCUGCCAAAUUGACCGGUGUCCAGGGACCUGGAAAGCGAGCGGAUGAUGGACCUUACUUUACCAACAACGAGGCCAUUCCAUUCCCUGACCCGGCCCAUAGCAAGACAGCUGGCGGGUUGCCUUUGAUCUCGGACACGUUUCUGCUUCAGAAACAGCAGCAUUUCAACCGGUCUAAGAAUCUUGAGCGGAUGGUUCAUCCUUGUGGAAGCGGCGCGUUCGGACAGUUUGAGGUUACUAAGGAUGUAUCUGAUCUGACGAAGGCGCACUUCCUUCGAUCGCCCGGAAUCAAAACUCCAGUGUUUGUUCGCUUCUCCACGGUCACACUUGGUCGUGAAUACCCGGACCUAGCUCGUAACCCCCGUGGUUUCGCGAUCAAGUUUUAUACCGGUGAAGGCAAUUACGAUAUAGUCGGAUUGAACUUCCCCGUGUUCUUCUGCCGCGACCCGAUCCAAGGUCCAGACGUGAUCCGGUCUCAGUACCGCAACCCACAGAACUUCUUGCUUGAUCACAACUCCUUGUUCGAUCUGCUGGCCAACACUCCCGAAGGAAACCACGCCGGAAUGAUGUUCUUCAGUGACCACGGCACUCCGGCCGGAUGGCAAAACAUCCACGGCUACGGCUGUCAUACGUUCAAAUGGGUGAACACCAACGGGGAGUUUGUGUACAUCAAAUACCACUUCAUCGCAGACCACGGCCAGAAGCAGUUCACCGCCGACGAGGCCCUGGCCUACGGUGGCGAAGAUCCGGACUACUCGAAGCGCGAGCUGUGGCGGACCAUUGAGAAUGGAAAACAGCUCACCUGGACGGCCCAUGUGCAGAUCAUGAGGCCGGAAGACGCAGAUCCUCAAAAGCUAGGAUUUGAUCCGUUUGACGUGACCAAAGUGUGGCCGAAGAAGAAAUUCCCUCUGCAAGAGUUUGGAAAACUCACCCUAAACAAGAACCCCGAGAACUUCCACCGAGACGUCGAGCAAGCUGCAUUCUCGCCAGGCAGCAUGGUUCCGGGUAUUGAGGACAGUCCCGACCCUCUGCUACAAUUCCGCAUGUUCUUCUACCGUGACGCACAGUACCACCGUGUCGGUGUCAAUCUCCACCAGGUCCCAGUGAACUGCCCCUUCAUGGCCUCCUCCUACUCUUCGCUCAACUUCGACGGCCAGCUCCGUGUCGACGCGAACCACGCCAUGAACCCUCAAUACGCGCCCAACAGUUUCGUGCACAGGUUCCGUCCUGAAACCGCCGAAGCCCCCUACCAGGUCUCCGACCGGGUCGUCAGCCGUAAGUCCCACUUCUACCACGAAGGCAAGCCAAGCGAAUACGACCAGCCACGUGAGCUCUACGAAAAGGUGAUGGACGAGAAGGCGCGUCAGCAUCUACAUGCCAACACGGCAAGGCUCUUGAAGCUGGUUGAGUACCCCAAGAUCCAGGCCAAGUAUCUAGGCCAGGCGUUGCGGAUUUCGGAGAAGUACGCGCGCGGUGUGUAUGAGUUGCUCCCCGAGAAGAAGUUUGGAUUUGAAGAGGUGCAGAGAUAUGCCCAGGGCGCGGAGGUCGCCGGGAAAGAGGCCAAGUUCCGGCCGAAUAUGGAGACAGAUAAGUUGGUCGGAUUUUGCCCUGCCGUGGCGAUUUAUGGGCCUUGA